UUUUUAUAUAAUAUCUUAUGAUAUAAAAUUUUGCUUUCCCAAUCACAUAUUUGAUCAUCUUUAUUAUUUUUAUAGGAUUAGGUUUUCAUUCUUUUUUAACAUACAUUUUGAAUUUCCCACUUCCGCGCUAUUCGUUGAAGGUUUCUAUGGAAACGAAUACACAACAAAGCACGUGGCAUUCUGUAUAAAUUUUUAAUGCAUGUGCUUGUAGUCGGAAACUGUCACUUGUAGUCAGUUUAUCAAGUUGUAAAAUUGUCACUUGUGAAAUUGGCAUGUAAAACUUUUCAAGGAUUUUUUAUUUCAUUUGAAUUGUGCAAUAUGUAUAAAGUUAAAAAUAUUAUAAAUACAUAUCUUGUAUUAAAACUCUUAAAAUUCUGAUAUAUAGAUCAGUGAUUAGAUUGUAGAUAAGUUUAUAUUGUAGAUAAGUUAAUUUAUAUAGAAAAAAAUUACAAAAGUUUAUAACUAAUAUGCACGGCAUAAGAGCUGAUCAUAAAUCUCUUGGAGGACUCGGAAUGAGUCGCUGGCUAGAAGCACUUUGGGAGCCAAGUGCUGGUUUAUUUUCUCUGCCAGGUGGACUUGAUAUGCUGGACAUAAGUGGUGAUGGAGAUGCUAGACUGAUUUGUGCUGAUUUAGGACCAGUUGGAAGUGAUUCGACAAAGAUACGAGUAUACAAAGGAGGUGACCAGAUAACUGAACAUACUAUGGUAGAUCCACCUUGUGGUGUAGUCGGGUUUUAUACAGAAAAUGGAGAAUCUCGGUCAUCUGUAGUGGCUAUAGGAGCUGGGGCCAGUGUAUAUAUCUACAAAAAUAUGAGACCCUUCUUCAAGUAUUGUUUGCCAUAUAUUGAUGCACAUCCAAAAGAGCGAGAAAUUUGGCAUAAAUGUGGGCUGGAUGAAGAAUUAAAUGUCUUAACUCUCGCGGACGACUUGGAAUUGUUGCUGAAAGAACUUGGGGCGGCAUUUCUUUCUCCUCGCACUUUAAAGUUUCUCUCUUUGGAUAAUAAUUUACGAUUAAGCUUCGCAGAGCAGUAUAGACGAGUACCGCUUGUCAAAGCCAAUGCCCUAACAGCAAUCUCGGUUAUUCGCAGGGAUUCAUGGAAUGAUCCUGCCAGUAGUUGUCUUAUAUUAGGAACUGAAGCUGGUGAAAUUUUCAUUUUGGAUCCCAGAGCUUUUUCAGUUAUGGAUAAGCAUCAACUAGAGUGGCCACCAGUAGCGUUUGCCAGCUGUGGCUUAUGGACAGGUGAUGGUCGUAUAAUAAUCAUUGGAAGAGAUGGAAAAAUAGGAGCAAUUAGAAGGGGAAGCCCUAUAAAACUUUGGGAAACAUUGCCUGCGCCCGCGGUAGCUAUUUCUGUUCUCACUUCUGAAGGAGCGGCAGUAGCUGUUAUGGAUGGUACUCUCGUAGGAUUUUCAAAAAGGGGAAUAAAAUUAUGGCAAGUCAAUAUCCCGGGUAUAAUAUUAGAUCUAGUAAGCUUACCGGUACCGCAAAACGGGCUAUCUUUGUCAGCUGUAAGCACGGUGGGCUAUGGAGUCCGCAUUUAUGAUGGGAAACAUCAUGUGGAUACAGUAAAAAUUAUGGAGCCUGUAUCUGCACUUAAGUAUGGACGAAUGGGACAAGAAGAACGAACAAUAGCAAUGGUCACUGUCGGGGGUGGUUUAUGUAUGAAAAUCUUAAAACGCACUGCUGACUUUAAUAUGAACAAUUCAAUAUCGAAUUCGACAUCGAGCAACACGUCAAAGUUUUCGAUACCGAAGAAAACACGAUUAUUCGUGGAUCAAACGAUAAGAGAGAGAGCCGAGGCGAAGAAAAUUCAUAAUACGUUUCAGCAAGGUUUCCUCCGCUUACGUUUGGCAGCGGCCAAACAAGCGGCCGAGCAUUUAAGCGAUAACCAAGCAUCAGGACCGAAUCCUAUCAGCUUGGAAACAAAUGUUCUCGGUUUGGGUCCCAAUUACAUGAUUCGCAUUAUAGUAACGAAUAUCUCAGAAAGUGUAUCCCCAACUGAAUUAUAUAUUCUCUGUAGAGCCGAAGACACCGAUGUGAAUCCUCGUGUCGUAGAUUUACCUUUACUACCAAGUGCAGUGCCUAUACCAAUAGCUAUUAGUGCAAACUUGAAGAGUCAAAUAUCGGGAAAAGUUAAAAUAUUACUCUGCAAGAAAUCAAAUCCGAAACCUUUGACCGUCACAACUGUAAUAUUGCCAGCUGCCGAGGAAGAUUUCGAAGUCUAAAAAUUGUAAUUGAAUUAUGAUUGAAAAUUAUAAAUCAAGUAUAAGUAUA